GUCCAUUCCCUCUAUAAAGCCGAGGAGACGCGAGACCGGGAGAGAUCGAAUCGGAAAUACUAGAAGCGGAGAAAAAAAGAAGCACAAAAAAAAAAGAUAACGGCGAUGGCGAUUUCGAGGUUCUUGACGGCGCUGGUCUUCUUUUUCCACCUUGCGACGGCGACGGCGUCCGUCUUCAACGUGACGACUCUCGCCUUCGACGAGGGCUACUCCCACCUCUUCGGGGAGGGCAACCUCGCCCGCUCCCCUGACGGCAGGACCGUCCGCCUCCUCCUCAACCGUUACUCCGGUGCGGGUUUCAUAUCGUCCGAUCUCUAUCACCACGGCUUCUUCAGCGCCUCCAUCAAGCUGCCAUCCGAUUACACGGCGGGAGUCGUCGUUGCGUUCUACACGUCUAAUGGGGAUAUUUUUCCCAAGACGCAUGACGAGCUGGACUUCGAGUUCUUGGGCAACAUUAGAGGCGAGAAAUGGAGAAUCCAGACCAAUGUCUACGGCAAUGGCAGCAUCAGCCGGGGGCGAGAGGAGCGCUACAUCCUCCCCUUUGACCCCACCAAGGAGGCCCACCGCUACUCCAUCCUCUGGACCGCCACCCACAUCAUCUUCUACGUCGACCACACCCCGAUAAGAGAGGUUGUCCGGAGCGACGCCAUGGGUGGUGAGUACCCAUCCAAGCCCAUGUCCGUCUACGCCACCAUAUGGGACGGCUCUACGUGGGCCACCGCCGGUGGGGCGUACAAGAUCAAGUACAAGUACGCCCCCUUCGUGGCUGAAUUCUCCGACCUGGUCCUCCGCGGCUGCCGCGUCGAUCCCAUCCAGCAGCUGCCAUCCGCCGAGCACUGCACGGAGGCCGACGCCGAGCUCAUGGCUGCCGAUUUUGCCAUCUUGACCCCGCGAAAGCGCGCAGCCAUGCGCCGAUUCCGCGAGCGUUACAUGAUCUAUUCCGUCUGCUACGACACACUUCGGUAUCCCAACACCCUACCCGACUGCAGCAUCAUUCCCUCGGAGCAGGAGAGGUUUUGGGCGUCGGGCGACACCAAGUUCCGACCCCGCAGACGCCGGUCCCGGCGCCAGAGCCGUUUGCCGGCCGCUUCCGACCCCACGAACCAGCCGGAUGUCUGAAGUAAUCAUUGGUUUAAUACGUCACAGUAAGGUUGUCGGACAUAUUCUUCUCCAUGUCAUUAUUGGGUACAUUCGAGUAGGGUCGGCGUUUGGUUUGCCUGGUUGUAUUUAUUUACUAUUUGUUGAUUCGAUUUUUGGUAGUUUUUAUUUGAAGUUGGGUCAAUGUAAAGGGGCAGUUGGCGCUUUAGGUUUUUGAUUCAUUUCAGAUGGAUGUGUACGUAAUAAUUAUAAAUAAACCCAAGGGUUAGUUCAUGUACUAUAUAGUUUAUUUAUAUGAGUGCAGAAGUUGUUGGAUGGUCUUGAA